AUGAAAAAUUACUCCUUCCCGGAGGAAGGGGUUGGCCGCGUUGACACUUCGGUGACCGGAGUCAAUUUCAUGUCGAACGAUUUUUCGAUGGCGUACCGCGGCUCCUGGGAGGCGAUGGAAACUGCCAUGCAAGGAUACGACAACUGUUUGGCUGCUAUGCGCCACGAUGGAUAUUCCUACGACCCAUGCGCCUUCGCGUAUCGAGGCUGCAGCCCAACCACAAACGAGUUUAUCAGUGACGCUGAGACGAACUUCGUGCAGCCGACUUCGACUACGUACCACUCAUCCGACGCGGCGGUCGCGCCAUCCUCGCCCAUUGUUGCGAGCGAGCAGCACCAGCAGCAGGCGAUGACGCAGCAACAGUCGACGAACAGUUCCGCAUGCGUUUCUAGCAAGUCCGGGCCGGUGCACCAAGGACCCGUGCUGGCGCGGGACUGGCAUCCGGCGAGCGUCACGGCGAGCGAGCAGCAGCAGCUGCAAAGGCACGUCAAUACCCACCUCAGCAGCGGCGGUCAGUACCAGGUUGCCGGCUACGCAGGGACGAAAGAGGGCAGUGCACCGUACUCGCUGAACUGUGGCGUCAGCAGCCCUCCCGCACAUUCGACCAACCACUGCGGGCCGACACCAGUAUACCAAUGGAUGCUGGAACAUCGGUCCAAGCCCGUUACAGGAACGGAGGUAUGCACCCUCAGUCCUACAGAGCAAGGCGGCGGCGAAGACCAGGGUUUUAAGCGACCGAGAACGGUCUACACGCGGGAGCAGCUGCUACUACUGGAGGCCGAGUUCCACUACAACAAAUACUUGUGCCAGACACGUCGUGCGGAGAUGGCCGCCGCGUUGAAUCUCAGCGAACAGCAGAUCAAGGUCUGGUUCCAGAACCGGCGCAUGAAGUUAAAAAAACAGAGCCGGCGCGGCUUUCCAGCGUCACCUCCAGGAGACAGCACGGAUGACGAUUCGCAGAGCUGUGGAGCCUCGGAGUCGUCCCAGGGUACCCCAGGGUCGCCCAAGAGCACACCGGAGUCACUCUGGAGUACCCCAGAGCCACUGAUCAACAGUCUACUGCAAAUUGACAAAACAUGUCACGAGAACUUCGCCACUGGCCUCAUGCCUGGAACGCAGCUGACAUCCCAUGAGCAGGUGUCCAGAUACCUCGAGCAAACCAGGCACCGACACCUCGUUGAUCAGCCGAUACACAGGUGCUCGGGGGCAGCGACAACGAACGGAUCAUGGAGCCACCAGUCGUCAUGGUCAAACCACAACGGCACGUGCUGCGGAUGCUACAGUGGGCCUUGGAAGCAGUCUACCGACAGCAAGGCUUACGCGUCGACGUUCCAGCCGGCUGCGAUGGCAGCUGCCGCAGGGCAGCCAAGUGAAGCAGGAGGCCUGGGCCGAGAUGUAGAACAACGCGAGUGGUUUGGGCACUCGUACCGCAGUCCAAUGAAAAAUUCAGAGUGGGCAAGGAAGUAACGGCUGGCACGUUAGUCUUCGUAUAUAAUGCUAUGAUCCUACGCAUAUAAGGCAGGAAUGAAUGUUUAGCGUGUUGGUAUCCAA